AUGUAUCUGAGCAACCGCGCCGUGGGCGAGAAGUACGGGCAGUUCCCGCCCGUGGGCCCCGGAGGCGAUCGCCCCGGGCUCAACCUCCCGGCCUCCAGCGUGCCUCACGACCGCGUACGCACGUCACCCCACCCGCGCUGCGGCCAUCCCGAUGUGCCCGCUGCCCUCGCACGCAGCAUCACGCCCUCCUCCGCUGGCGCCGAGUGGGUGCGCGAGCGCAUGUCCCACCUGAGGGUGGCCAACUCGCGCUCGCCCGCCUCGAUGACGCCACGGAGCACGGUGUCGGUGGCGUGCGGGGCGCCGCCGCAGCAGCACGCCGAGAUGGUCAAGGCGAUGGUGGAGAGCAUCGAGGAGAACGAGGCGCAGAUUCAGCGCAUCAGGAAGGAGUGCCUCAUGGCGAUGGACACGCUCAUUGAGAGGAGCGAGAAGGAGAAGACGCUCAGAAAUUUUCUGGACCAAUGCAGCACGUCCACAAAGACCAUGUGGAGCCGCAACCAGCUGCUUAUGCAGUCCAACGCCAAGAUUCGCCAACAGUUGAAAGAGCUGAUGGGCCAGGCCUCGUCCAUGGCAGGCAGCAGUAUUGGCAGGGAGCCAAUUCCUGAAUCUCCUUAG